UGCCGUAUGUGCGGCGCAGAAGCGUCCACCAGGUGCUCUCGCUGCAAAGACGAGUUCUACUGCUGCAAGGAGCAUAUCGCCAGCGACUGGAAACGCCAUAAGCGACUCUGCAUACCCGCAGAGGGCGUCCAAGCGCGUCCCAUCACGAUGGACGCCAUCCUCUUUCCCGUCGACGAGGACAGACCUCGCAUCGUCAAGGUACCAUGCGAGGUGAUGCGAGACGAGGAACCAGAUAUACCUGCAUUCUCCACCGUGCACCGCCUGAAUAUGGAGGAGUGGUUCGACCUAAAAGGCGACACAUUCGUACGUCCAAUGGACCUUGGUGGCGGAGCCGUCAUGAGGCUUCCCGGUCCUGGGUACAACCUUGAUAUCGCAUACGACGACAAUUCCCUCGUCAAUGGCUCUCCCCUAAACCGUUGCAUCCAAUCCUUGACACGGAGGAUGGCACCCCACAGCUGGGCAGGGAACAUUCUCGCGCGGAGGUCCGAGAAACCCCUGACGUACUGCAUGCGUUACUACAAUGCCAACAUGAAGGAAGAUUUGCCUCGGGUGGUGGAAUUCUUCAUGGGUUAUGGGACG